AUGUCAAGAUUACAGCACUCUCCGGCGAUCCAUGUUCAUCCUCACGACAAUACAGAUUUGACCAAUGAUGAAGAACAUUCAAAUUCCGUCGUAACACACCAUCACCACCAUCAUUCAUCAACAUCCAUGAAUGAAUUUAAUUUUCAAAUUUCUUCCAUUCUCUCUCAAAUUUAUUCACUUCUUUCAUUUAAAACAAUUUCAAUAAUACUACUCGUGUAUUUGACAUGUCUCAUCAUUGGAUCUAUUUUCUUCUUUUUUAUUGUCUCUACUGAUGUCUCUCAAUCUCAAUACAAUAUUGAUCAAAUGAAUAUCUUUGAAUAUAUUUAUUAUUCAUUUGUAGUAUCGAGAAGAAUAUUACAUUGGAAGAGAUUAUUGAUACUAGUAGUCAUUCAAUUAUUGAGCUUUUUAGCACAUUUUGUUUUCUUUUUAUUAUAUUUUCAAUAUUGUAAACAAAAGUAUGUGAAAGGACCAUUGAUGAGAAUGGAACAUUUACGAGUGAUUUAUAGACAGAGAGAAUUUAUAAUCGUGAGUAUAUUGUGUGUAUUGAGUUUAGUGGUGUGGUUCUUUUUUGCACCACAAGUCGUGAGUGGAGUAUUUGGAGUGUAG